GGAAGUCAAGUGGAUCAGCGCAAAUAUCCUCUCCGUAUUUUUCGUUACUUUAAAUAGCAUUACAAUUCGUGGUGGUGGUAGUGGUGGUAGUUAGAAUUCACCCUCAGGGAUUGUUAUAGAUUUUUUCCUAAUAAUAAAAUGGAGGAUAGUGGCUGAAAAACAAAUACAAAGCUAUUGCGAUUCUGGCCCCAAAAAAAACAGUCAGAUAAUUCUAUAAUUCGAGUUAUAACUAUAUAUAUUCAUUUUUCCGAAUGCUUUAAUUUUUUAUUUCUGAUUCAGUAAGCGAAUGAUAUGCGAAUCUAAUAAAAACGGAUAUUGAAAAUAGUAUUUAAAUUUAUCUAGCAUUCUAUCUACAAUAUAGGUAACCUCGUAGUACCUAGGAUACUAUUAACAGUAGUAUGCCCACGCUCUUGAUAAUUUUUUCCUUUAACAGCUACUAACUUCAUUCCAUACAAAAUCUCUAUCCUGUAUGUUUUUCUUUUUAAAAGAAGUUUUUAUAGGCAAAAUCAAGCACCACUAACCUGCAUCUUGCGCAAAUAUUCUAGUUUAGCACAAAACAAUAGACCCGCGGUAUCGUGAUGAUCAAUUUUAUUCUCUUGCAGAAUCGAAUGGGCAAAACACGACUUGCUAAAUUCUACAUACCUGUGAGUGAUGCCGACCGUGAGAAAAUGAAGCGCGAGGUGCACGCUGCUGUGAAUGCUCGUGAUGUGCGUUCGUCAAACUUCUUAGUGUAUCAGAACCUGAAGCUAGUUUACCGCCGCUACGCUGGUCUAUUCUUCAUUUUUGGUAUUGACGCCGAAGAUAAUGAGCUUAGCUACUUGGAAUUCAUUCACCUGCUUGUUGAAGUGCUAGACAUGUUCUUUGAGGAUGUAUGCGAGCUCGAUUUAGUGUUUAACUUCCAUAAGGUUUAUAUGAUUAUCGAUGAAAUGGUCACUGGGGGCGAAAUUCAGGAAGUUUCGAGGUCGAUCAUCUUAAAAAGACUUCAAAAGCUCGAUAUCUCAAGCAAAUAA